AUGGCGCCUUCCGAAGCCAUGCGGCCUCCAUCCAACGGUAACACAUACAGAAUCAACCCGAACGGCAACCGCUCUCGUGUUACAUUUGCACUUCCACCGCUCAUCAGUCGACCGCCUCUUUUCUGCUGUCCUGUAGCAGAGAGCAAUUCAGCUCACCUGCCUCGAAGUUUCGUCAACCCCGGUCGUCAUUUGAUGAACCUUCAGCUUCGAACGUUCCUCGAGUGUGCGGACGAUGCAGAAUACGCUUUUGCGAAAUGUGACGUAUCCCACAUCAUCGAGGUGACAACGAGGGCUCUGCACAACAACCCCCUUCCAACUCGUGGUCGCCCCACGGGACAACAGUGGAAUGUUCGGAGCGGACCGCCUAUUACUUCUCUGACAUCCUACACUGCUCCCCUGGAAGACACGGACGAAAGCAGAAUGGCGAUUGAUGUGGAAGAGCUGAGUGGUGCCGAAAUCCCAUACAGUACAUACCAGAGCAUGUCGACCAGAUACUUCAUCAGCCAAAAUAGCGACAAGACGUGGCAAAUUCCGCCCCAUUCUCGAAGUUAUCGAGAGACCCACCCCGAGCCGAACACAAACAAGGCGGGCGUUGAAAGAUAUAUGGAGAUACCACCUUUCAAGACAAUGCCGUACACUUCAGAAGGGAUCUCGGGAGGAGCAGGCGCUCGACCAUGGAUGCCGGCGUGCUCGGUGUUGAUGUGGUGUACCAAACACAACAAAUUCUACGAAGUCCACGUGUUGUCUUGA